AUUCAUGUUUUGAUUACUAAAAGGCAUAACGUAUUUACAAAGCUGUCCUUAUCAUGAAUGUUUUUCACAGAAAGGGAAGAAACUCCAAAAUUCGCACUAUCUGUUUGGUCUCUCUUUUUCUAGCUGCUUCCUUUCUGUUGGGACUUAUUGCAGGAACUACCAUAGGGAAGAUAUCAGAACAAAUUUUUACUAGACACUUUUCAGAGAACAGCUCGGAACUUGUAUUGUCAUCUUUUGACGAAGCACUGGAUGAGGUUGGCAAUCAAUGGAAGUAUAAUAAUAGCGAUAAUAAUGACACAGACCUGAAUAACAAACAGAAACCAGUUGAUGCCUAUACAGCCACAGGAAUUUUGUAUCGAUUGAAAAGAAGUAUCAACAUAUUUUGGUUAUGGUUGAAGCAACUAACCACACAGCCUUUACAGAAGGACAAUUCCUUACAAGACAAUACAUCUUCAGCAACAAAGCAUGAUCUCCUUCCAAGAUAUUCUACUCAUUCUGCUCAAGAUACUCGUGGAGAAAGAAAUUUGGCCUAUUUUAUUCAAGUCUCUUCAUCAACUGUCCAAAGACUUGACAAAUUAUUGGGUGCUUUGUAUCAUCCUGACAAUGUAUAUGCCAUUCAUUUAGAUAAGAAAAUUCCAGAAUUGUUAAGAAGACAAGUGAUGAGACGAAUUACAUCGAAUGAUUCUUAUCGAGAUAAUGUUUACUUUAUGGAGAGUGAACCAGUUACGUAUCGAGGCAUUAGCAUGGUAUUAAAUACCAUUGAGGCAAUGAACUUUUUACUUACCAAAGAUUCCAAGUGGGAUUACUUUAUCAAUCUGAGUGGGUCUGAUUAUCCUCUUGUUUCAGCAACCUUUAUUCGUAAACUUUUUGGUCUUGUACCUUCCAAUCAGUUGAACUUUAUUCAACUUUAUCCUGAAAUAGAAUGGUCAGAUGAAGCAACUCGUUUUCGAAUCGAAACAGUUCAUUUUGACCCUGCAUUGGAGUUCAACGAUGACUUGGUUCAAUCGGAGUCUCUUAUUAGUUUUGGUGUCCAACAUCCAUUUCGUCAAAAGCGCAAUUUUACUUAUGUCAAAUCCGAUUUUUGGAGCAUAUUUUCGAGAGAGUUUUCGGAGUUUAUAGUGCGAGACACAUUUGCUAAGAAGAUGUUGGCAGUGUUUGCAGUUUCAGAUACUUCAGAUGAGGCCUAUUUUGCAACUUGUGCUUAUAAUCAUCCACAUUUUCACUCCACUAUUGUACCUGAAGCAUUUCGAGCUGUUUACUUUUGUCACAAAGAUAUGAAUCCUGCUUGCAAUGGACAACAUCCUUUUACUAUGGAUGAACAAGGUAAUGAAGAAAUAUUUUGGAAUACGCUGUUGUAUUCCAAGGCCAUAUUUGCCAGGAAGUUUUCCAAAAAGGAAAGCCAUUUAAUGCAUCGAUUGGAUGAACUUCGUAAUGGUGGCUUAUCAAAAGCACAAGAUAAUCUUACCAAAAGUUAUCAAAUCAGUGUGCAGUGUCGCUUAACGAAUGCAAUCGUUCCCAUCUUGGAGUCUUUUUUGCAACAGAUUCCGAAUGACAACUCAUGGAGACGAUUGAAUACUUCCUUAGAGAGUUGUCAACAAUGGAAAAAGAGCAAUGAGAUAUUAAGAAAGAAAGAAGAUUCUUUUGUAUCCAUAUCCAACUUCUUUGAUAGUUUGGGAGUUUUUUAUUUCUAAAGAAUAAAGAUGGAAUCAUUUUG